AUGAUACAACAGGCUGCAAAAGCGGCUCAUAAGAGUGCGCCCUCUGCUGGAGGGAUGAAGAAACCUCAUGGGUACAAGCCUGAGACUGCGGCACUCUGGGAAACGAGGCGUUAUCAGAAGUCCCCUGAACUGAUUUGCAAACUCCCUUUCCAGCUGCUGAUUCAAGAAAUUGUUCAGGACUUCAAAAGAUAUCUGCGCUUCCAGAGCGCAGCUGUGGGUGCUUUUCAAGAGGCAAGUGAGGCCUUAAUGGUUGACCUGUUUGAAGACACCAACCUGUGUGGUAUCUACGCCAAACAUGUAACAAUUAUGCCAAAAGACAGCCAACUAGCAUGGCACAUUCAUGGAGCACACGCUUAA